AUGGGCGGCGGGGGCGGCGAGGGAGGGGAGGAAGAGUUGGAGGACGAGCUCGAAGCGCUGCUCAGUUCCGGCGCCGGUGGCCAGCGGCGGCGACCAGCGGACGCGGGCGAGAGGGAGAGGGAGCGUGAGCUCAGCAUGUUCCGGAGCGGCUCGGCGCCGCCGACCAUAGAGGGUUCUCUGAACGCCAUCAGCGGCCUGCUCCGCGGCGACGGAGAGGUGGCAGUGACGGCUGCCCCGAUUCCUGUUGCUGAGGCGUUGAACGGGCAUAGUGGCCUCCUCUCGGAGGAGGAGCUCCGGGCCGAUCCAGCCUACCUGUCUUACUACUACUCUCACGGAAAUCUUAACCCGAGGCUGCCGCCACCGGUGCUGUCCAAGGAGGAUUGGCGGUCAACCCAGCGCCUGAAAUCUGGGGUGGUUGGGGGGAUUGGGGACAAGAGGAAGCCUAUUCAGGAGGAUGCCAGACAAGGGACGGGGACUGCAGUAGGGAGGUCUCUGUUCUCACAGCAUCCUGGUUUUGAGCGGGACGAGGAAGCCAUGAAUGAUGGGGUGGACAAUAUUGGCCGCAGAACACCUACUUCAGAGCAUCCCUCCCGCACGGCCAGUCGCAAUUCUUUUCUUGACAAUCAGGAGCCAGUGAAUCCUGCUGAGAACCAAUAUGCUAUGCAUAAUGAUAUUUUGGAUGUGCAUCAUCCUAUUGGAAACAUGCAAAAUAGAGAUAUAAGUGAUCAGCAGAAAUUUUCACUUGACUCACAAGCAGCUCAAGUCCAUAAUAAGCAGCAUUCUGUGAUGUUAGAAACUGAUGAUGGAUAUUUGGGUAUACCAUCAAUGUCACAAUCAUCCAAUUCUUCAUUUGCUGACGUUAAUAACAGUGUUGCCGGUCUAGCAGAGUUUAGAAAUAGUACCAACACAAGUGGAUACCCACUCAGCCCAGGAUUGCCUUCUAUGAUGCCCCCUUUGUUUGAGAGUGCUGCUGCUGCAUCUGCUAUAGCCGCACUUGGUGCAGAUUCAAGAAACCUUGGAAACAAUAGUUUAUCUUCACCUACAUUGAGCCUAACUGAUGCACAUAACCUUGGUCGUGGUGGUAAUCAAGCUCCCACAGUUCAAAAAGCUUAUAUUGAAGUCUUGCUUCAGCAGCAGAAACAAUUUGAAAUGCCACUUCUUGGUAAAUCAACCGCUUCAAAUCAUGGGUAUUAUGGCAAUUUGGCUUUUGGCAUGGGCAUGGCAUACCCAGGAAGCCCAUUGAGCAGUCCUGUUGCUUCUCAAUCGGGUCCUGGCAGUCCACUUAGGCUUGGUGAGCGAAAUCUGAGGUUUCCGUCUAACUUGAGAAACAUAGGUGGCUGGAACUCUGAUCCAAGUGGCUACAUGAAUGAGAACUUCCCAUCCUCGCUUUUGGAUGAAUUUAAAAGUAACAAAGCCAGAAGUUUUGAGCUUGCUGAGAUCGCUGGGCAUGUGGUUGAGUUUAGUGCUGACCAAUAUGGAAGUCGUUUCAUACAGCAAAAACUUGAAACUGCCACAGUUGAAGAAAAGAACAUGGUCUUUGAGGAGAUCAUGCCUCAUGCACUAUCAUUGAUGACUGAUGUGUUUGGAAAUUAUGUAGUACAGAAGUUUUUUGAGCAUGGGAGUGCAGAACAACGGAGGGAGUUGGCUGAUAAACUAUUUGGACAUGUAUUAGCUCUCAGUCUUCAGAUGUAUGGAUGCCGAGUUAUCCAAAAGAAAUGUAUUGAAUGUGUCCCAGAAGAUUCUAUCCAGUUUAUAAUAUCAACAUUCUAUGGUCAUGUUGUUCCAUUAUCAACCCAUCCUUAUGGCUGCAGAGUCAUACAGAGAGUACUUGAGCACUGUGCUGAUCAAAAAACACAGCAAAUAGUUAUGGACGAGAUAUUGCAAUCUGUAUGCAUGUUGGCACAGGAUCAAUAUGGAAAUUAUGUUGUCCAGCAUGUUUUAGAGCACGGGAAGCCUCAUGAAAGAUCGAUCAUUAUUGAGAAAUUAGCUGGACAGAUCAUUCAGAUGAGCCAACAGAAGUUUGCCUCGAACGUGGUUGAGAAGUGUCUAACAUUUGGGGGACCUACAGAGCGAGAAGUUCUCAUAAAUGAAAUGCUUGGGACCACUGAUGAGAAUGAACCUCUACAGGCCAUGAUGAAGGAUCAGUUUGGUAACUAUGUUGUACAGAAAGUACUCGAGACUUGUGACGACCAGCAACGUGAGUUGAUCCUGUCACGGGUAAAGGUUCACUUAAAUGCUCUGAAGAAAUAUACAUAUGGGAAGCACAUAGUUGCUCGUGUAGAAAAACUUGUUGCCGCUGGUGACAUGGAAGACGACGACGACGCCGGCGCCGGCGCCGGCUUCGGCGCGUGCGGCCGCGUGCUCGAGUGGGAGCACGGCCUCCCCACGGAGGAGGAGCUAACGCCGCUCUCGCACCCGCUCGUCCCUCCGGCGCUCGCCGCCGCGUUCCGGAUCGACGUCAGGGGCACCGCCUUCGACUGCCCCGCCUUCGCGCACAACUCCCCCACCUCUCACCUGUCCUUCCGCUGCGACGACGAGGACGAGGACGAUGAGGAGGAGGGGGAGGGGGUGGGGGAGGAGGAGAGCGAGGACGCCACCUCCGGAAGCGGCUCGUGCCGAGGCGGGACUGGGAGGGCCGGGAAGAAGGCGAGGAUGGUGUGGACGCCGGAGCUGCACCACCGGUUCGUCGAGGCGGUGGCGCACCUCGGCGACAAGGGCGCCGUGCCCAAGGCCAUCGUGCGCCUCGCAUGA